AUGUGUGGGGAUGUUCAUGUACAAAAUGUCUCCAACUACUUCACAUACUUUGCAGAUAUAUUGAAGUACAUGGAAGAAGUAAUCCCCCGGAAUAAGGUCGCCAUAAAAGAAGCAGGGGUUGCGCCGGACAAAUUGUAUGUGCUUGCUCAAUGUAUGGAUGAUCUGACUUCAAAGGACUGUGAAACCUGUUUUAACCAGAUUAAUACUCUCAUGUCUGGUUGUUUUCCUUCUACCGGUGGUCGUGUUUUUCUUGAUGGGUGCUUUAUGAGAGCUGAGAAUUAUAGUUUCUAUUUGGAAGACACGGGACCUCUUGAUUCUAAGAGAUGUAGCAGCGAUAAAGACAUAAGGAAGGAAUUCAAGAACGCAGUAAGGAAAGUGAUUUCUAAGAUGCUAAGGACAGCAUCAGCUGGGGGAGGUUUUGCAGUACAUGAAGAGUCAUCAAAAGGGGUAACAGCCUAUGGCAUGGCCAUUUGCUGGGAGCCUCUGGACCCAAGAUCAUGUUCUAAAUGCUUGGCAGAUGCAGCUGCAAAUUCCUUGCGGUGCCUUCCAUCGACAGAUGCACGUGCACUCAAUGCAGGCUGCUUUUUACGUUACUCCAAUUAUUGGUUUGCCAGCAAUGUUAAGUCCCGAGCAAUUGAAGCUGCCAUAUUUGUGCAUGCUUCAUGGAUCAUUGGGAUGGUUGCGAUCUGUACAUCGGCAGUAGGGGUGGGGCUCCUUGUAGGAAAAUGUACUUAUAAGCGAGCAAAUCGCAGGAAAAAAACGAGAGGAACUGAGCCGGACUUACUAGCAUUAACAAAGAGCUUGGAGAUCUUGCCAUUCAAGUACUCAACACUAGAGAAAGCAACUGAUAAUUUCAAUGAAGGUCACAAGCUAGGACGUGGAGGAUAUGGAGAAGUAUUUAUGGGAACCUUACCAGAUGGUAGAGAAAUUGCAAUAAAGCGUCUCUAUGUUAGCGGAAAGAGUCGACUUCAGGAGGUAUGCAACGAAAUGGAUGUUAUUAGCAGAGCUCAACAUAAGAACUUGGUUCGCUUCCUCGGCUGUUGCUUCACCAGUGUCGACAGCUUCCUUGUCUAUGAAUACCUAGCAAACAGAAGUCUCGACUUCAUUUUAUUUGAUCCAGUGAAGAAGGCUGAACUAGAUUGGAAGAAACGGUUUGGAAUUAUAACAGGAACAGCAGAAGGUCUCGAAUAUCUCCACAAGGAUUGUCAGGUGCGAAUUAUUCAUAGAGACAUCAAAGCCAGUAACAUCUUGCUAGACUUGAAACACAGACCAAAAAUCUCGGAUUUUGGUCUUGCUAGAUUUUAUACCAACGAACAAUCCUUUGUCAGCAUCACCAAUGGCAUUGCCGGCACAUUAGGGUACAUGGCCCCUGAAUACAUUGCGAGGGGACGACUAACUGAAAAAGUAGAUAUCUACAGCUUUGGAAUUCUUGUGCUUGAAAUCGUCAGUGGUGUGCAGAACAACAGAUUUCUUCAGUACGAGGAAUCAAUGGAUACUCUAGUCACUCAUGUAUGGAAGCACUUUGAAUCGAACACAUUGUCGAAUAUCAUCGACAAAAACUUGUCGUCUGAAGAUGUCGGAGAAAUUAAGAGAGUAGUUCAAUUGGGGUUGUUGUGUACUCAAGAAUCGCCAAGUAAACGCCCCAGCAUGACAGAAGUAGUCCAAAUGCUUAGACAAAGAGAGAUCGCAUUGCCUACACCAUCCAAGCCACCUUUCAUCGACGAAAACAUGGAAUUAUCGUCUCCGUCAGGGACUGAUCCACGACAAUCUUCUCAUGUAUCUGAUUUAUGGCCCGAGGGGCAACAAGGAUAAGAUGCACCACAACGUGUAUCUGAUAUAUACCAU